GAUGCUGUGCAGUAAUGAGAUGGCUGAGAGGCUAAGCUGGAUCAGCUGAGUGGCUGCGUAUCAGGAUGGCGUGCUGCUGCUCUAACUCUGCUCUGUGUGUGGCCUCAUAGCAAGAAAACCUCAAACUGAGUUGCUGCAUAGGUGCUUUUGCAUGCGCAUACAUCAUGUGCGCGCACACACACACACACACACACACACGUUAGUCCCUAGUCUGUAUAGAGUUACUGAGCACUGAUCCAAUCUGAGAUGUAGGCUGAACUGUAGGAGUUGAGCUGAGAAAGGCUCUCUGUAACAAGUCUUCACACAAUGACACCCUUUCAUGUUUGUUCUGAGGAUUGAAUGUGAUUUUUAAACAUUAAAUGCUGUUUCACAUCGGCCACACUUGUUUGGCAGAAAGAGAGGUAGAUUCCUUUUGGUCUUAACAAUAGGUCUUUUCUCCCUGCGGUGCAUCUGUUCUAGUGAAACUGGAGAAAGAGGCUACCAUGGUAGCCAGACGGCUCAAUGGUCCAGCCUACAUACAGUCAGCCUAGAAAAGAAGUGAGGAAAAGUGGGGAGGGAGCUGGCAGCAUGCCAGGAGCAGGACUCUUGAGCUUUUCUCGGUGCAGAGCUGACGCACUAAUUCUCAGAGAGGGGAGGGAGAUGGACAGCCGUGGCCAGAUGGAGCUGUGUUUGUUUUGAAGUGCUGCUCAGAGCAGUACACACAGUCUGCACUGGAGUGUAUUAACCGGGAGGGGACAAAAAAGACAUCACACCCAGUUGGAGCAGCAAUGGGUCAACGAACUGUAGCUCUCUGCCAAUGAGGAGGCCUUCUGCUGCAGUGUUGCUGCCCAGCUCAGUGUGGAGGUACUCCGUAUGCAGCCGAAGGUCAGGAGGAGAAGCCGUAAGCUCAGGGAAACGUCUCAUCUGGAUCCUGGAAGCAUAUGGACAGACGGUUUCCUGUCAUAACGCCUCUAGGCCUGUGUAAACUUACACCAUGUGGGGCUGUGUGAGCCUCAGGAAGAUGUAAGGCCUGGACUUCUGUCAUCACCUCCUACAAGAGUCAGUUGUCCUGGCCAGAUCUGAGUCCGAAUCGGAGGAAAUGGGCCCGGCCUCACUGCAGGAGGAGAGGGAGCUUGCCAAACAAUCCAAGGAGGAGAUGGAGAGCUACCGCUGCCUUCUGCAGGCUGGCUCCCAGCUAGAGAGCACUCUGCAGCAGGUGACUGUCCCUGUGAGCUUGAAGGAGGUGGGAGGUUACAUAGAGAAGCAGGUGGCAUACCUGUCAGGAGGACGUGGGGAACACUCGAGUGUCAUCAUCACCCUUCCAGAAUGCUCAGCGUUCAGUGAUAUUCCAGAGGAAGCUUUAGUCAAAGUCUUUACGUACCUCACGCUCAUCCCUCGAACGAGGCAACCUGGAGUGAAGUUUAUCAUCAUUUUAGACCGCAGGCUGGAUACAUGGGCCUCCAUCAAAACAGCACUUGCAAGAAUAGCAGCCUCCUUUCCUGGAAACCUCCACCUGGUUCUGGUGCUUCGACCCACCAGCUUCUUCCACCGUACCGUUACAGAUAUCGGCUUCCGCUUCAGCCAGGAUGACUUCAUGCUAAAGAUGCCCGUGGUGAUGCUGAGCUCUGUCACAGACCUGCUGCGCUACAUUGAUGAGAAUCAGCUGACGUCUGAGUUUGGAGGCACUUUGGACUACUGCCACAGCGACUGGAUCGUUUUACGAACAGCGAUUGAAAGUUUUGCUGUAACGGUGAAAGACAUCGCUCAGAUGCUGCAGGGGUUUGGGACUGAGGUGGCAGAGACGGAGCUGCCAGAUGAGGGGAAAGCCAUCGAACAUCUCCUUGAGAUUCACACGGAAAAGUACAGAAAACUCAAGGACGCCAUCAGAUCCGUUUCAAAAGAGGGUCGUCAUCUUCUCGCCAACCUGGAAACUACCGGGAAGGUGGAUGACUCCCAGUGGGAUGUGAAGCUGGACUGGGAGACAGUGCAGAGGCUCCUUGCUCAGCUCAGAGACAUGGAAUCAGCCUUCGAUGGUUUCUUUGAGAAACACCAUCUGAAACUCCAUCAGCACCUUCAGCUGCUCAGAUAUGAGCAAAGCUUUCAAGAGAUGGAUUUAUGUUUGGAGCAUCUCAUGGGUCAGGAAAAGGAAUUGUCCUUAAAUGUGAACACGCUGGCUCAAGCUGAGGUGGCUCUCAAAAAGCUCGACUGUCUGGAGUCUAACUCACAGGAAGUGAUGUCUCGAGCCCAGAUCAUCAUCCUCCAUGGACACCAGCUGUCCGCAGGUCACCACUACGCCUUGGCUCUCAUCAUGCAGCGCUGCAAUGAGCUUCGUCAUCGCUGUGAUUCUCUCUCUGCUGCUUUAAAGACCAAACACUCGUUCCUGAUGCAAACACACCAGCUGCUGCUCUGUCUUGGGCAGGCCCAAACAUGGUGUGAUGAUGGCGCAUACAUGUUAGCCAAUCAGCUUGUAGAUAAGUCUCAGUCUAAGGAAGGAGCCCAGGUGGCUUUGAGGGAAAUUGAGAAGUUCCUGGAGGUGGCGCCGUCCAUGCUGAGCUCAAGUCUUGAGGUUCUGUCCAUGGAGUACGAGGCGGUCAUCACGCCUCAGCUGCAGGCUCAGAUUGGGAGGAUGUUUGAGAAGCAUGCAGCCGUGCAGCAGAUGAUCCAGAACCGACAAGCUUGUCUAAGGAAGCUGGCUGAUAAACAUGUGAGACCAGUCCAGCUGGUGACCCCCAGACCUGACAACACACCACGCUCCAAGUCGCCACUUUUCUCCCCAAAACACAGUGAUGGUAUGAAGUUUACCUUUGACAUUUCCCUUCCUGGAAAGAAAUCAUCACGAAAGAGUCCUAACACUAGAAAAAUCGAGGUGAUCCACGACUACCAGGAGAGCCGGAGCUGUGUUUCCUACAGUCUGGAUGGAGACGACAGCCCGGACCUCCUAAAGCGUCAUGUGAUGAGAGAGCUCAUAGAGACUGAAAGAAUCUAUGUGGACGAGCUGCUGUCGGUGCUGCUGGUAGGAGAGUUUCUGAUAUUCCUGGGUUACAGGGCGGAAAUGGACAACCCGGUUCUGUCGGGGCUUCUACCUCCAAUCCUUCGUAGUAAGAGAGAUCUUCUCUUUGGAAACAUGCCUGAGAUCUAUAAUUUCCACAGCAGGGUUUUCCUUCAGGAUCUGGAAGGAUGUCUGGAGGCUCCUGAAACCGUCGGAGCGUGUUUUCUUGAGCGGAAGGAAAACUUCCAGAUGUAUGAGUGGUACUGUCAGAACAAACCCCGAUCUGAAGCACUGUGGAGACAAUUCUCAGACUGUGCCUUUUUUCAUGAGUGUCAAACAAAGCUGGAGCACAAGCUGGGCCUGGACUCCUAUCUGCUGAAACCAGUCCAGCGUCUCACCAAAUACCAGCUGCUGCUCAAGGAGCUGCUAAAAUACAGUCCAGAUUGUGAGGGCACAUCUGAACUGCAGGGGGCGCUGACAGCCAUGCUGGACCUGCUCAAAUCAGUCAACGACUCAAUGCAUCAGAUAUCCAUCACAGGAUAUGAGGGUGACAUCUGUGCGCUAGGUCGGGUGCUGAUGCAGGGCUCCUUCAGUGUGUGGAUCAGCCAUAAGAGAGGACCCACACGCAUGAAGGAGCUGGCUCGCUUUAAGCCGAUGCAGAGGCACUUCUUCCUGUACGAGAAAGCUCUGCUGCUGUGCAAACGUAGGGAGGAGCACGGAGAAGGUAACAACAAGACCCCCUCCUACAGCUUCAAGCACUGUCUCAAGAUGACUGCGGUGGGGAUCACAGAGAACGUCAAGGGAGAUGUGAAGAAGUUUGAGGUCUGGUACAGUGGCAGGGAAGAGGUUUAUGUAGUUCAGGCUCCUACGGUGGAGGUGAAGAUGGCCUGGCUCAACGAGCUCAGACGGAUACUAACCAACCAGCAGAAGCUGCUGAGAGAUGAAGCACAUCAGCAAGGCCCAGUGGUUGAGCGCAUGCAGCUUUCUCCAUCCCUCUCUGAGAGCAAACAGCAGAGAGCAUCAGUGAGCUCAGAGGACACAGAGUCAGGUCGGAGCAGUCCAGAGCCCCAGCCUCAUUCCCCCAAACCCCAGCCCAACCGUAGGAGUUGGCCCGGAGCUCAUCACUCCGUGGACGUGUGUGAAGGUCUGGAGGAGUGGUCUGGAGGCCAGGAUGCCUUCCACCUGGCAACCGAGACAGAGGAGAAACAAAACACGAAACUGUCUGCAGGCAGGUACCGGGCUUUGGCUGACUGUUCCCAAAAUGGACCAAACAGCAUCAGCAUCAAAAGUGGAGACGUCAUCCAUCUGCAGUUUGAAGACAACAGAGGGCGCUGGCUGGUGAAAAAUCAGAGUCGGCAGCAGGAGGGCUUCGUACCGACUCCCAGUCUGCAGAUAAUUAUAGGAAACAGCAGCCAGGAACACUCCCCCAAGCUAGGAGACCCAACCAACCUGAGGGUGAGAAAGCUGAGCUCCCCGUAGAGAGUGAAACUGACAUUCAGCUGUGGAUGAUGAACAGAGAAGGAACCGACUGAGUCAUCUAUCUCCGUGAUUGUCUCUCCUCCACGGUUCUGCUCUCCACAUGAGUUUUCAAAGACAGAAAUUUAGGAGCAAAAUUUUUCACCAUCCCCUGAAGAAAUUUGACUCAAUCACUGAGAUUUCAGCUAGGCUACAGGAGCGAUCAGAGGAUCCUGUUUGGUCUUUGGUCCAGCUGUACCUCCUUUGUGCUUUCUGACGCUUCAUCUGCAUCACCUGUGUAGUCAGCACCAGUUUACUGCUGCAGCACUGCACAAACUCUUGAUUCCAGCUAAUACUUGAGGACUGAUCAUUUAUUGAUUUAACAUGACACAUUUUUAAAGCAGACUUUUGUAAAUAUUUUAUCGUUAAAAAAAACAUUUCAUGAAUUUCAUCAUCCUGUUUUUGUGUAUUUGACAUUUUCCAUUUUCCAUCCAAGGCAGCACUGGUCUGUACAGCGUUAAAAUGCCAAAACGUGCCACGCCUUGUUGCCUUUUUAAUCCCUGCUCUUUGAGAGCAUCUUGCUUUAUGAAUCAAACACUCCUCCUACUUUAAACUGACCUCAUCCGAACACAAUCGGCACUUUAAGACGGCGGAAGUGCUACAGUGACGAAAAGUCCGCCUGAAUGUGUGGUUCGCUUGCUGCUUUCCCUUUUCUCACCAUGCGUUUACCCUCAUUGUUCCUGCUUCCUUUGUUUAUUCUUGAAUGUGUGAUGUGUUCUAGAGGACAGGGAGGUUGGGGGGGCGACACCCUCCUCACCCACCCCCCACAUGGAGGCAGCAUUUGGCACAUCAAUGAUGGUGAUGUCAGACUCAGAGGAAGAUGACGGAGACUGACGACAGCGUAUCCCUCCGAGUAAACGGGACACACGGAGCGUGGUGUUCUGUCACAUUUCUCAGGCUCUUCUAAGACGUGGCUGUCAGUCACAACGCAGACAGUAAGGAGGGAGGCAGAAUUACGCUGCAUGUAUUCAAUCAUCGCAAAAGGAUUCCUCCUCAGCAUCACAGCUCAGUAACUCUUUGCUUCCCCAUUAAAAGGCAUCCCACAGCCAGCAUGAAAUAUAUAUCCUCUGCGUCAAACGCUUAAUUAAAUAUUGAUUGCAGACUUAUGUGAUUUACAGCAUCAAAUCGACAUCCCAGUCGGAGGGCUGGCUGCCUUUGAUACACUGUUCUUGAUAUGGAAAUGAGUCCAGAAAGCAGCAGGGAUGGCUACACAACACGUAUUUCCUCUGUUGGUAAUUUAUUUAUUUCCUCUUAUGUUGUCUCAAACGAUCUCUAUUUAUUUAAAGGCGCCAUGCCUGGUGAUUAAUUAAGCAGCACCCCCCCCCCCCCCCCCCGUCCAGAUCACCUGAUCAAAAAGAUCAAGAAGGGUUUUUGUUUGUCAUCUCAAUCCAGAUGCUGCUCUGUUUGCACAGAUUUCGCCAGGUUUGGAUGAAACAAAACCAAAAGUAAAAAAAAAAACAACUAAAAACUUGAAAUCAUCUGAAUCCCGAUGAGCCAAGUAGCAUAGGGCUUGCUGCUGAACUAUUCUUUUUGUAAAAUUGCAUGAAUACUGAACACUGAGGAGGAUUUUUACUCUUAAGCCACUCAGUGGUCUGCACUGUUUUGUAAAUAAUCUAAUAAAAUGAAUGUAUUUAUUGCAAUAAAUGGUUUUAAGGAACUAACAUGGUCAAAUGUGUUUAAAAGAAAAAAAGAAACCAUCUUUUGUAUAGCACCCACCGCUCAAGUUGAAAUUCACGAGGGGCUUCACAAGAACAACAAAACAAAAACAAAAUAAAUAGAAAAAGUAAAAAUUGUUUUUAAAAAUUGUAAGGAAAGAGGAAAAGGUCAUCAGUGGAUUGCAGGAAAGGCAGAAUGAGAAGAAGGCAGUGAUGAUGGAUAAACCAAUGAGUGGAGGACUUUACCUGUUUUUCGACACUCUGAUUUAUUUAAGUUUUUGUUAGUUUUCAGUUAAAGCGACUUAACCCUUUGAUGCAUAAUGGCCACUACAGUGGACAGGUACUCAAAAUUGUUAUUUAUUUAUUUUUGCUAUAAGCACAGCUGUUUAAGACUUUAUUGCAUGUGAGCCCCUCCAUUUGGGCUUCAGCAAGUCAAGCCAAAAUAUUUCAUGGUCAGAAUGCACGCUGUCCACCAAGGUGGAUAUGUAAUAAAUUAUUUGUAAAUUAACAAAAUGUUACAAAAAAUAUUUGUUGAAAUUUGUUUAAUUUACACCUAAAGAUGAAUGAAAAAAAUUGUUUAAAAAAUCAUGGUUGAAGAUUUCAUAAUUCAUGCAUCAAAGGGUUAAAAGGGAUAGUCCAGAUAUAUUAAAAGGGCUUCCAUAAACAUGUUAUGAAUAAUAACUAUCUUACCUGGAGCAGAUAGCACAGAAUCAGAUCACAUCUGAACAAAUUAGCUAACCUGACUGAGUUCUGGUACAAAGUAUUCUAGCAUAAUCCCAAUCCCAAGAUAUUUAUAGCAGUUAUUGCAAAUGUGAUCUUAUAAAUCUGCAGGGUGCUUGUUUACAUUCUGUGGUCGUUAGCAGCAGAAAUGAACUGCAGAGUUAUCUACUGUAAAAUAUCUGGCUGCGAAUAAUGCUGCUAAAAAGGUGAAACGUGUGGUAAAUUAGAGGUUAUACAAUAUUAUAAGGAUAAAACUUUGAGAUUGGGAUUAUUUAGAGGCCCUUUGUAACCUUCCCCAGUGUGACUAGCUGUUAGUUGGUCUGUUAGAUAAGAACCAACACAUCUCUGUAAAAGUUUGUUCAAAGAGCUGCAGCAGGUAAGUAGAUAGAGCCUUUAUUUCAGACCCAGGGGGAUCCAUCUACAAGAAACACACGGGGUACAUCCUGGACAGAGAACCAGUCCAUCGCAGGGCAACACAGAAACACACAGGACAAACAAUCAUGCACACACACUCACACACACCUAAGGACAAUUUGGACAGACCAAUCAACCUAACAGUCAUGUUUUUGGACUGUGGGAGGAAGCCGGAGUACCCGGAGAGAACCCACACAUGCACAGGGAGAACAUGCAAACUCCAUUCAGAAAGAUCCCAGGCCGGGAAGCGAACCCAGAACCUUCUUGCUGCAAGGCAACAGCUCUAACCACUGCGCCACUGCUCAGCCACACACCAACACGUGAUAAAAAACACAGCAAUACAAAAACACCAAUGAAAAACAGAAUAAACAAUAACGUGCUCAAUGUCUAACAUACAAACAAUUCUGCCAGUGAUUCCACAACUAUAAAUAAAUCAGACAGAACUGCAGGGUUGACUAAACCAUCAAGAAGGUUAUAUCUACACCACAGGUGGGCAGUAUACAUUGGUGUAAAGUAAGCUUUAAAAAGUAAAAUCUUCACUGGUGUGGAGCACACGCCCAAGUAAACAAUACAUUUGAAUCUCUACACUGAACCACAGUUUAAAACAUGUCUGCUAGAGGUGGGUGAUGUGCUGAUUUUAAAUACUGAAGCAGGAGAUUGUGUUGAUGUACUAAAAAGUAGGAUAUAGCAGGACAGGUUUCUAUCCAGACAGUUUUAGAUGCGACACGCUAUGAGCCUGAUCUUUUCCUGAGAGAUGAUGGCGGUCAUUAAUGAAAAAAAGUAAUGUGUGUUGGGGUUAUUAGGAGCGAACAAUUAGUAAGCUUCAACUUACAUUUGGAUUCUUCAAUAAAUUCUGUAAAUAUGUAAAUAUUUACUGAUUUAUUAAUUAAUUAAGAUAUUCUUAGAUAUACGGGGCACCAUUCCCCUUUAACCGGGGAAAAAUUGAAUCCAAAACUCUUAUCAGUCUUUCUUGAAGUUCGUAGAAUCCUUGGAGCAGAGACUUCUCUUCGACACAACAAAGCUACUGGAGACGAAAAUCUGAAUUUUAUAACGUUUAAUUAACAAUUUGUCAAAUGAAUAAACAGUGGCAUAAAUGAAUAAUAACCAUGUGAUAUAAUAAAAGGAUGUAUAUUCAAAAUAAUGUUCAAGGUGUUUUGUGUGUAUGUAGGAUGUAUGAAUGGGGUCCUUUGUUCUCACAAAGGAGUAGUGUGUGUGCGUGUGUAUGGAUUCAAAAUGGAGUCUUGAAUACAAGAUGGCUGACUCCUUUGUCUGGCUAAAGUGUGGGUGGCAACUUGCACUUUAACUUCCAAAGCACUUAGAAUCAGUAGUAACUUAACCUUAAAUCACUCAAAACAUUUCAAAGGAUCAUGCAACAACACAAAAGAUUAAUCACGAGUUAAUAUCCUUAGUUUAUCAGCCUGGCCAUGGCCGAACAUUUAAAGAUACCAAACAAUGAUUAAUAAGCAGUUUAUUCUUUCAAAAUGACCCGAAGGACGAAUUUGGAACGAAAGAGGAAAACACGAAGCUACUUUUUUUAAGCAAUAGCGCGGUCUUAUUGCUUAUUCUGGACUAUAGAGGAAACGGGAGAAGAAAAGAAUGAGAGAAAAAUGAGUUUUCUGAUCACCAAAAGAGCGAGGCGUCCCUCCCCCUUUUGAUUUGACGGUUCUCCGUGUUUCUCCGCAGUUUUCAGCGUCAUCCGCCGGUUUGAUGCUUUCUCCGUUGUUUGGCUCCACGAGUGUUUCUCCACGGCUGGACACAAAGAAAACGAAGUUCCUUUUGGGCUGAGUUUGACAACUUACAGCGUUUCUGAGAGCUGGAUGGAGUUGUUGUUUCCCUCCGCUGGUUCUGUGUCCUCAAACAUCAGCUGGAGGGGAGCAGAAACGAGCAGAUCAGCGGUCCCGUGGGCUCAACUUGGCUCUUAGAGCUUCCGCGUGCUCAAAGAAGUCGGAGCGUUCGACAAGCGUGUCCUCACCGCCAGGUAUCCUGGGCAAAAGAAAGAAUUCUUUGUCUCUGCUGAAGAUUUAUGGUCUUAGUUCACGGGAAAAGCUCCACGGCUUCCCGCACAUGCGCAGAACGUGUUUCUGGUACUAGGCGGUGACGUCAUCACAAUGCUUCCGUGUGCAAAGCAUCAUGGGAAAUGAAGUUUCUUGGCGCUGAUGUGAUUAUUUGCUUUUCAGAGCAAUUUAAGCACAGUCAUUUUGGAGAAAAUCACUGCAUAGUAAUUUUCUCAUGAGGUCAGACCCUCAACAUUCCCCCUUUUGGUUUCGGGGAUCGCGCCCAAAGCUCGAUCGUCGGAAGCACAGAUGGGUUUGUUCCUCAUGAACGUAGGUCGACUUGAUUGUCAGAAGCACAGGUGGGUUUGUCCCUUAGGACGUUGGUCUCCUUGGACGCCUUUGUCUUUGGUCUUUGUCUUGGAUCCUGGCGCCUUUGGUCUUUGUCUUGGUCAGGCACAAAGAGGAUAGGAAACGGGAUAGUCCCCAACGCGCAUAACGAGAAGAAGCCACUCACGCAGGUGGUACGCAAUGAUGAUGUCGUCCAUGCGAGAGGUAGUAGUGUAGAAGGAGGAAGGUCGGUGGGCGGUUAACUCCACGAGUGGACACAAAGGCAUCUCACCGCCGGCCAUACAGUUCAGUUUAUGGAGCACGCGGUGAUGUACGAGGUCCAUAGUUCGCAAACGCGCAUUGACCUAUGUGGUCCCAAGAUUCCCCCCUUUUUGGUCCAAAGGGUGGAUCAGGACAGUCUUUGGGCUAAAACAAGGACCAUAAAACUAAGAGGUACUACAAUGUGCUGGUGCGUCAGACAGAGUCAUUGACAGACUGAGCUGGGCCGGCACAUAACCACUAGUUAAUAUGUGACCAAGUAAGAAACAAAAAUACAGAAAACCCAAAAAAAAAAACAUAUAA